CCGAGGUAGCUUUCUCCUCCCGGUGUCAUUGCUGCAGCCUCCAGUGCCUGGUCCCUAGUUCCUCGGCCACCUCUCUUCGCGGUGCAAAAUCGUCUGAAAGACAGAGAAGCCGCCGCAGAAGUUGCCCGGCACAAGACUCCGGAGGCAUUGGCUCAGUAACUUUUCACGUCAUUUUCUGCUCUGGAGCCCCUUCUCGCGUCUCCGCGCCGCCUUUCGCACCGCAAAUCACAGUGCUCAUGGGGCAGGCGAAGAGCGGCUUGCGGCACUGAGCGGAACCGGACUCGAGCCCGUGAUGUCCGGUACCAAAUUGGAGGACUCCCCCCCUUGUCGCAACUGGUCAUCUGCUUCGGAGCUGAAUGAAACUCAAGAGCCCUUUUUGAACCCCACCGACUAUGACGACGAGGAAUUCCUGCGGUACCUGUGGAGGGAAUACCUACACCCGAAAGAAUAUGAGUGGGUCCUGAUUGCUGGGUACAUCAUCGUGUUCGUGGUGGCUCUUAUUGGGAACGUCCUGGUUUGUGUGGCAGUGUGGAAGAACCACCACAUGAGGACGGUAACCAACUACUUCAUAGUCAACCUUUCUCUGGCUGAUGUGCUCGUGACAAUUACCUGCCUCCCGGCCACACUGGUGGUGGACAUCACUGAGACCUGGUUCUUUGGACAGUCCCUCUGUAAAGUUAUUCCAUAUUUACAGACUGUGUCCGUGUCAGUGUCUGUCCUUACACUAAGCUGCAUUGCCUUGGAUCGAUGGUAUGCAAUCUGUCAUCCUUUGAUGUUUAAGAGCACAGCCAAGAGGGCCAGGAACAGCAUUGUCAUCAUCUGGAUCGUCUCCUGCAUUAUAAUGAUUCCUCAGGCCAUCGUCAUGGAGUGCAGCACCAUGCUUCCUGGCUUAGCCAAUAAAACCACUCUCUUUACAGUGUGUGAUGAGCGCUGGGGUGGUGAAAUUUACCCCAAGAUGUAUCAUAUUUGUUUCUUUCUGGUGACAUACAUGGCACCACUGUGUCUUAUGGUGUUGGCCUACUUGCAAAUAUUUCGUAAACUCUGGUGUCGCCAGAUCCCUGGAACAUCAUCUGUAGUUCAGAGAAAGUGGAAGCCCCUGCAGCCUGCUUCACAGCCUCGAGGGCCAGGACAGCAGACCAAGUCCAGGAUUAGUGCUGUGGCUGCUGAAAUAAAGCAGAUCCGAGCCAGACGGAAAACAGCCCGGAUGCUAAUGGUUGUGCUUUUGGUGUUUGCAAUUUGCUAUCUACCAAUUAGCAUCCUCAACGUGCUCAAGAGAGUAUUUGGGAUGUUUACCCACACAGAAGACAGAGAGACUGUAUAUGCCUGGUUUACAUUUUCACACUGGCUUGUAUAUGCCAAUAGUGCUGCGAACCCAAUUAUUUAUAAUUUUCUCAGUGGAAAGUUUCGAGAGGAAUUUAAAGCUGCGUUUUCUUGCUGCUGCCUUGGAGUUCAUCAUCGCCAGGAGGACCGGCUCACCCGGGGCCGAACGAGCACAGAGAGCCGGAAGUCUCUGACCACCCAGAUCAGCAACUUUGACAACAUAUCAAAACUCUCAGAGCAAGUUGUACUCACCAGCAUAAGCACACUCCCAGCAGCCAACGGAGCAGGGCCACUUCAAAGCUGGUAUCUGCCACAGGGACCAUUGUCAUCACUCCUGUCAACUUGGUUGGAGGUCUGAAAGAAGAGCCUGAGUAUGAAUGUGGAACAUCACUCAGUAUCAUCCUAUUCAAAGAGAUAGUGGUUUAUGAACCAAUUGUUCUGCAUGAACAGCACAGUGUGAGAGAAGACUGGUUUUAAAGCACUUGUGUACUUUUACGGAUACCUGGAUGACUUGAGUUUCUAACUAAAACUUUUAAAACUCCAGUUUUACUUACACUGACUAAAAGCUAAGUCUUGUGGGAGCAGAUAGUUUCUAAGAAUGAUCAUUGCCUGGAAGGAAAACAAAUACACACCAGAACUUGCAAGAAACCGUGUUGAUGGAAUAGCAGACUGUAUGCAUUGCUUUCAACAUGUGAAUUCUGGAGCCCUUCUGAGAGGUCUGGAUAGAGUAUGGUUACCUUCCUAGGACAAGUGGUAAAGAAAGAGUUGUCUCCAAAGCCUGCCAAUCUUAUGGAGCAAAGCGUCAACUUCUCACCUCAUUAUGUGUUAAUAACACAAAUGAGAGACUUCUUAUGAAAAGAAUGUGUUGCAACUGUUUUAUUCUCAACAUAGAAUAUGCAUCUGUCUGUUUUGCUAUAUUUUAAAGAUUUAAUGUAAAAUGUCACUAGCGUUACUGAAAUUUUGUUAUCAAUAAGGAUGAGAUCAUUUUUUUGAAUAGAGAAUCCAUUUGAACUUCAUUAUUUCUGAAUUUCUCUAAACCCAUGAACACUUUGAUAUUCUAAUUCAUUCAUUCUUGGCAAAAGAUGACUCCUAGUUUUUGAGGAAAAUGACUUAAAUGUUCCAAGGCUUGGAUCAUUUCCUUGAUAUCAAAUAACUGUUACAAAUCAUUGAUGAAUUAAUUGCAAAAGUGUUAGGCAGUGAUACUGAAUUUCACUCCCAGUGUGAAUUGUUUUAUUAAAGACAGAGGUAAAUAUGCUUGUAAAAUGUGGUCUGAAUAUACAUAAACCUAAAAUAUCAGAAUGACAAAUACCCAAACAUGCUUAUGGACACAAAUUUUGAGGAGGGCUAUUACUAUUUUAAUGCCAGUAUAAUAAUAAUAGAAUCUCUCAUGCUUGAUAUAAAUCAGAAUAGUAAUCAACUAUAUUGCAAAAAAAAAAUCUGGUUAGUCAUUACAACUUAGAAAGUUUUUCAAUCCCAAUUAAUUUUACAACAGACAACUUUUCUACUCUCUACAAGUUACAAAAAAAAAAAAAAAGUAAAUUCCAUUAGGUUAUGUACAAUUGGUUUUCAAAUGGCAUGAAGCAAAAUACUGAUUUUUUAGAGAUAAUAUGUAAACAAAAAUAUUGUCAAUUUAAGUCUAUUCUACUAUUUUAUGUACCUCAGAAAAUGAAGAGCAAAGGCAUGGAAAACACUGUUAUCUCCCCAAAUUCAAAGAGGAUUGUUUUCUAGAAUACUGCUGCAAUUAAAGAGGGAACAAAAAACUCCCUCUCAUUUGCCACGUAUUUUUAUUCUCUUAAAUUUGCUUUAUACUGUCUGGGGUUCAAAUAUCUUUUAAGUUUUUUCUGAAAUGUAUUUCUAUAAUUGUUGUAUCCCAUGUGUGUAAUAUUAUGUCACUUGUUUAACAGUUAUUUUAUACAUUUCAGUUCUUUGCGCCUGAUUUCCUGUGUGUUCAUGAAGAAAUUUCUUAUAAAAUCCAAUGGGACUACACACCGACUAUGAAGGAUGCUCGUUAUGUA